AUGAUCGGCUCGGCAGCUCAUUUCCCGAAUAGUACCACCCUCACUGACGACAACUUCGAUCUCGUUUGGGAACAACUCACGAAGUUCUACCACAAUGAACGGGUCCUGUUACAGAGUGCUUUGCACGCAGCUGCAACGAUGAAGAAGAUGAACAAAGAAUCAGCAUCCAAACUCGAGCAACUUUACUCAACAGUGAAUCAAAUAAGAAACUCCUUAGAGCUCCUUAAACGCUCAAUGGCUGGAUUAGACGACCAAUUAGUGUACGCUACCACCCAAAGGUUCGACCCUGAGACCCAAAAGGCCUGGGAACUCCAUCUCGGACCCUGCCAGACACCUCCUGUCUGGACUCAAUUAUCCAGCUUCAUCAUGGCAAGGUCAGCGUCUACUUCAGCAUCUUCAUCCGGCGUCAAAGUUCACCAUUCCGAAGCUAUGACUGAAAACAAGUUCCAUGAUAGACCACCACCUUCAUGUACUCUCUGCGAUGAGCUACAUUUCCUGUCUCAUUGUCCAGUCUUUAUUAACAAGACAAUCGAACAACGGAAAGACAUAGUUAAUCAACGCAGGCUCUGUUACAAUUGCCUUGGUAAACAUCGUGCCAGCGCCUGCCUCUCAUCGCUAAGGUGCCGAAGAUGUGGAAAACGUCAUCACACAUCUCUGCACCAUUCCACGACAAGACCAGCAACAAAAGAUGCAUCUGCGGUUCACACCAAUCAUGGCAGUGCAGUUCAACCCAGCUGCAUCUUCCUCGCCACCGCCAAACUAAUAAUUGCAUCCGACAAUGGCGAACGUAUACACGCCCAUGAAGACCCGGGCACACAUUCUCCCAAAGUUGACAAACGCGCUGCCUACGACAUGUCAACCCAUGAGGACGUGGCCACACCUUCAAUGGUUAGAACUUGCUGA